AUGUCUAGUGGAGUUGGUGACCAAGCAAUGGACCUUCAACUUCGCCUAGAUGCCAUGAUGGGGGAGUUCAAGCAAUUGCUUAAAACCUCCAUUGAACCAUUGCAUGACCGGAUUGAUCAGUUGGAAAACUCGAAGAAUCUACAUAGCUCGAGUAAAGGCAAGGAAUCGGUGUACUCCAAUGAUGAAGAGGAUCCGUUUGAGGGGAGGUACCAAACUGAUCACCGUACACAAAGGCGAGGAGACGACACCAUUAAGGGGGUCAAACUCAAAAUUCCUUCCUUCCAAGGCAAGUCCGAUCCCGAAGCCUACUUGGAAUGGGAACGGAAAAUCGAAUUGGUCUAUGAGUGCCACACAUACUCGGAGGAACAAAAAGUAAAACUUGCAGCCCUGGAGUUCACUGACUACGCCUCCAUUUGGUGGGACCAAUUACGACUAAGCCGAAGAAGAAAUCGUGAAAGGGCCGUGGAGACUUGGGACGAGAUGAGGAGUCUCAUGAGGAAAAGGUUCGUGCCGAGCUACUAUAGCCGUGACUUACACCGACGGUUACAAUCUCUCACCCAAGGUUCCUUGUCAGUUGAGGAUUAUUAUAAAGAGAUGGAGAUGGCCAUUAUGAAGGCAGACUUGCGUGAGGAUGGAGAAGCCACUAUGGCUCGAUUUUUGCAUGGUUUGAGGCCCGAGAUUGCCGAAGUAGUGGAACUCCAACACUACCUAGACAUGAAUGGAAUGUUGGAGAAGGCGGUUACAGUUGAACGACGCCUCAAGAGGAGGGGAAGUACACGGCCUAACACCACGUACCAAGCUGGAAAUUGGCGUACCCCUCAACCAAAGAGGGAGGAGAAGGCCACGGCUCCGUCUCAACCACCAAGGCCGAAUGCCUUUCCACCCAAGGCAACAGCCAAACCUGAAUUUAAGAGUAAUAAUGGAGCUUCUAAACCGCGUGGCCGAGACACUAAGUGCUUUAAGUGUCAAGGCUAUGGUCAUAUUGCAUCUCAAUGUGCCAACCAAAGGGCUAUGCUACUAUUGCCAAAUGGCGAGAUUGUGUCCGAUGAAGAGGAGGAAUACGAAGGGAUGCCACCUCUAGAGGGUGAAGGGGAUGAUUCAAGUGAGGAGAUACCCACGCAUGAGGAGAUUGGAUGCUUGGUGGUUCGAAAGGUCCUCACCACCCGCGCCAAGGAAGAGGAAAUCGAGAUACAACGGGAUAACCUUUUCUACACGAGAUGUCAUAUCAAGGAUAAGGUUUGUAGUGUUGUUAUUGAUAGUGGGAGUUGUGCCAAUAUAGCUAGUCUACUCAUGGUAGAGAAGCUAGGGCUCCCAGUCAUCAGACAUCCUAGACCUUAUCGCCUUCAAUGGUUGAACAAUGAAGGGGAGGUCCGUGUAUUUCGACAAGUGAAAGUGCCAUUUCGAAUUGGCAAGUAUGAAGAUGAAGUCACUUGCGACGUAGUGCCAAUGCAAGCAAGCCAUCUCAUUCUUGGGCGACCUUGGCAAUACGACCGAGAUGUGGAGUUCAAAGGGAAAGCCAACAAAUACGUCUUUACUCAUUGUAAUCGAAAAGUGACUCUUGAAUUUGAGGACAUUUUUCCUGAGGAUGUGCCCGAUGGACUACCACCCUUAAGGGGAAUCGAGCACCAGAUUGACCUCAUUCCUGGAGCCCCAUUACCUAACAAACUGGCCUAUCGCAUGGGCCCUGAGGAAACUAAGGAGUUGCAAAGGCAAGUGGAGGAGUUACUAAGGAAAGGUUGGGCUCGAGAAAGUCUAAGCCCGUGUGCUGUACCUGUGAUUCUCGUGCCUAAGAAGGAUGGAACUUGGAGAAUGUGCACUGACUGUAGAGCAGUCAACGCGAUCACGGUAAAGUAUCGUCACCCUAUUCCUAGGUUAGAUGAUAUGUUAGAUGAACUGCAUGGUGCCAUUAUCUUUACUAAAAUUGAUCUGAAAAGUGUGGUUUACUUUGACGAUAUCUUGAUCUAUAGCAGGAGCUUAGAGGAGCACCUUGAGCACCUCAAAGUUGUUUUUGAUGUACUUCGAAAGGAAAGGCUGUACGCCAACCUUAAGAAGUGCACAUUUUGCACUGACCGUGUGGUGUUUCUAGGACAUGUGGUAAGUGUGCAGGGCAUUCAUGUGGAUGCAGAAAAGGUCAAAGCCAUCCAAGAGUGGCCAAUGCCUACCUCUGUAAGUGAAGUGCGCAGCUUCCAUGGGCUAGCAAGCUUCUACCGCCGCUUCGUGAAGGAUUUUAGCACAAUUGCUGCACCUCUUACCACGGUCAUGAAAAAAACAUGA